AUGGAUGAUACAGAUAAUAAAUGGAUCCAGUGGAUUAAAAAUGGAAUCGCUAAUGAAUCUAUUAAUUAUUAUGAUUAUAGUGAAUUUCAAAAUAUAAAAUGUAUAGGUAAUGGAGGAUUUGGUAAUAUUUAUCAAGCUAAUUGGAAUAGUUCAAAUACUGUUAUUGCAUUAAAAUCUUUGCUGAAUGGUGAUAAUAUCACGAUAGAAAUUAUUAAUGAGAUAAAAUUAAUGCAAAAAGUUAAUUUUCACAAAAAUAUUAUUCAACUUUUCGGCAUUACAAGUAAUACAAAUGACGUAGAUACAAAUAAUUAUUUAUUCGUUCUUGAAUAUGCAGAUAGUGGUACAUUAAAAAAUUAUCUAAAAAAUAAUUUCAAUAAAUUAGAUUGGAAUAUUAAAUUACGAUUUGCAAUACAAAUUGCUAAUGUUGUCUCAUGUAUACAUCAAAAAGAUAUCGUUCAUAAUGAUCUGAAUUCUGAUAAUAUUUUGGUUCAUCGAAACAUAAUAAAAUUAGCAGAUUUUGGUCUUUCACGAAGACCUGAAGUAUCGAAUUUUGUAAAAGAGAAAAUACCUUAUAUUGAUCCACAACGUCUCAAAAAUCGAAUAAUCAAUAAUAAGAAGAAAUCAGAUGUGUACAGUGUUGGUGUACUCUUAUGGGAGAUAUCGUCCGGACAAAAGCCAUUUAAAUCAUACGAUAAUUCUUGUGAUCAAAUAUCAUUAACUUUGGAUAUUUUAGAAGGAAAAAGAGAAAUUCCAAUUAUCGGUACACCAGAUGAUUACAUUAACAUUUAUACAAGAUGUUGGCAAGAUAAUCCAGAUGAUAGACCUGAUAUACAUCAAGUAUUUUCUGAUCUGAUUAAUUUGAACAUAAAUGAAAAUAUUUCAUAUAGUGUAAAUUUUGAUGAAUUUAUUCCACUUAUAGAUAAAUUUAUUAAAUUUGGAGAAGAAAUUUUAAUAUUAUAUGAAAAAUCAAGACAUAAUAAAGAAUUAUGUGGAUUUCUUUUAAAUAGGUGUAAUUGUGCUAUGGCCUCUAUAAGAGAUUUAAAGAUUAGAAAAACAGAAAAUACGAAAUUUUUUUCUAAAAAAAAUUUAAAAUUAUUUAAAGAAUUUAUUAAAUGUAUGGAAAGGAUAAGAAAGUUCGUCUCACGUAUUAGUAAAUUUCAUAAACUUUUAAAAUAUUUCAUUGCUUCUAAUAUUGAACAAGAUUUUAAUGAUCUUGUAACAGAAUUUGAUGGAUAUAUGAGAAAUUUAAAUUUUUCUUUUGUUGUACAAUCUAAGGAUGAAAUAUCAAAAAUGAGAAAUGAAAUUAGGCAGAUUAAAGAUAUACUUUUAAAUAUUUAUGGUGUACCCGAUGAUAAACAAGCUCUUAUAGAAUUUUCAAAUAGAAUGGAUCAGUUAAUUAUGAAAAAUAUAAAUUUACAAAAAUCGGCAAGACAUGUGAUCGAAGAUUCUUUUGAAAUAGAAACAAAUAAACCUUUGCUUGAUGGUGAAAAAUACCAAAGAUUAUAUAUACAUACAAAGAAGAUUGAAAAACGUACAUUAUAUAGUACGUGUGAAGAAUUUUGUUUUAAAGAAAUUUUACCGGAUCUAUAUCAUCAAAUUGAAAUUAGAAGAGAAGUAAACAUUUUAAAAGGAUUGAAAGGUUCUGAUCACAUUAUAAGAUUUUUUGGUGUAGCUCACGAAGAAUCAAAAUUUUAUUUGAUUACAGAAUGGAUGGAAUACGGAAUUUUACAUGAAUAUUAUACGAAUUAUAGAGAAAUGAUCGAUUGGAAUGCUAAAAUUAAAUUUGCUUUAGAUAUUUGUAGUGGUGUCGCGUAUCUGCACGAGUGUAAGAUUCUUCAUCAUGAUAUUCGAUCGACAAAUAUUUUAGUAAACAGAGAUCAUAAGGUUAAGAUAGCCUAUUUUGGUUUAAGCAAAAACUUUCCUGUCCAUUGCAGAAAUAUUGCGAAUAAUUUAGAUAAUACAAGAUAUAUGGCACCAGAGAAAUUGUUUUAUCAUGACAAUCAUAAUAUAAAAAAAAAGAAAGUUUACGAUUCUAAAUGUGAAAUUUACAGCGUUGGAGUAUUAUUAUGGGAGAUCGCAGAAUUGAAAAAACCUCAUUCUGAUCUUAAUGAAAUGGACAUGCUUGCUAGUAUCAGAAAACGUGUUAGUGAAAGAUAUUCUUUACCAUUUUCAAAUAACGUACCUAUCGAAUGGAGAUUUAUAGUAGCCAGAGCUACGGAAUAUGAACCAUCGUGGCGUCCUAAUAUAUCUGAUAUUUGUCGUGAUUUAUACAACCUCAGUAAAAAUUAUCAAUUAAAAUCUACUUCAUAUGAUUCAAAUCUUCAAUGCGCAGUAUCAUUUCCUGAAAGCUUUGAUAAGCCAAUGUUAAUAGAUGAUGAUGAUGAUAGUUCAAGUAAUCAAAAUAACAUACAAAAUAUUGAUUAG